GCCCUGACGGGCUCGCUUACGCCUGAACAGUGUCUGGUAAAGUCGAGAGCUACUUUUGCUCCAGCUCUCCCCAAUAACCGUCGCGUCACUUCCUCGCCCCAUGCCCAUCCCUUUGGAAAGAAAAAGAAAAUUCACACAGACAAACGACGGCGAGAAAAAGAGCGAGGGAAAAGUCGAGAGGGAAGCGAAAGCAAAAAGCCAGAUGAAAGAGCUGGAUACCGGAGAGGGAGCCCACCGAACACCAGAAUAUACUCUUUAAGUCAUGCCGCUGCACAAAUCAUCUCGGGCCCCUCGCCUGGACCCUACCAUGAUCUCGGCCCCACUGGGUGACUUUCGCCACACCAUGCACAUUGGGAGGGGAGGUGAUGCCUUUGGGGACACUUCCUUCCUGUCCACUCUUGGCCCGAGCCAGGCCAGCCCUGACCCUGGCAGUCCGGGGACUGUGCCAGAAGCAGACCCUCAGGUAGCAGCCAACCACAGUGAUCUUUAUACAGAUGCACCAGGAAGCCCACAGAACAAUGAGCUUCAGCACUCUGAGUCAGUGUCUUCAUUCACCUUGGACCUGGACCUGGAUUUAGGCCCGUCUAUGCUGCUGGAUGUACUGGGGGUGAUGGACGGAUUGGGACUUGACUCCAAUGAGGAAGAUGUGUUCAGUCCCAAAAGUGACACUUCCUCUGUGGGCACAAAGCAGGGAAAAGGAGCCGCCGAGAUGUCUGUGAACCUGCAGAAUGAGCUGAACGGGAAGAACUUGGUUGGGCUGGAUGGAGACCAGGUGGGAGACAGCAGGAUAGCAGAUGGGAAUGGCAUCAAGCCAAAGGGGUUACGACCAAAAGUGCGAUUCAGUGACAAACGAGAGGAGAUCAUUCGCCAAGCGUCCGAAGAGGAAGAGGGUCAAGGGUUUGACUUCCAGGAUGAGGAUCAGCUGGCGUGUCGCAGUCCAACGAGGGGUGAGAGCAUAGUAGGUGGAGGUGAAACCGAGCUCACCAAUCACAAGGUAGAUUUGCCACCUAGUCCGGCCUCGUCACACAGUUCAGAGUAUGAAGGAGUCACCUCAUUGGACAGGAGGAGGGUCGACAACUGCCACUCAGAGACUGAUUCGGAAGAGGAGGAGGAGGAGGAAGUAGGACGGGGCUACACAUUUGAAGAUGAGUUUGAUGAUGAAAUCGGUCUAUAGGGGAUCAGUACGGCUUCCCCUUGAAAACAUCUUUGCUGUCACGUAAAUCAUACUGUAUUUUCCUAAACUCAUCAUUCCAGUAUCAAUUGAAUGGGAGGCUUUGACAGGAUGCAAACUGGAUUUUUCAAGACUCAGUGAAAUAUAAACAGCUCGACGAUGUUGCUCAACUGGAAAAUACAUUUAAUGUUUUAUCUGUAAGGGUAACAGAUUUGCAGAAGUCUGUCACUUUGAUCAGACUUAUCAAUGUGUUAUUUAGGUUAUUACAGUGAAAGGUUUGUAGCACUUUGAUUUACUUCAUUCACCUGGAAGCUUCGCUAUGAAACUGAUGCUCAGUGGAAAGUUUUUGUCUUAUAUUUGUCAUGUAAAACACACACAGGCGCUGUGUUUAUUGAGCUUUAUGUUAUAGUGCCUUAAAGGGAGCUGUAUGCUUACGUUAUUGUACCCUGUGCCAUACCAGUGUCUUAAUACUUAUUUCUCAUAUUGCAUGUUUAUUACAAUCUCCAUGUCGUUUCUUGGUGUUUAAGCUUUCCAAAUGGUUCCCAGAGACCUCGUCAGAAAACAGUUAUCCUGUGUAUAAUCAAUUACUGUGAAUUUUUCACAUUCCAAAUCCGCAAGUGUGACUUUUUCUGGUUCAGACCAAACCAAAUCUGUUUCAUAGUGCAGUUAUUCAGCAUGUUUUCAAGUUUACCAAAGCUUUUCUGUGGGUUGUGGGGCUGGACUGAUACUAAAAUGCUAAGACAAUCAUGGGAUUUUAAAGGUCAAUUGUAAAUCAGGACCAGCGGUGUAUUUUUGUACAUGUUUUUUGCUUGUAUAAUGCUUGCUUUUGAAGAAGUAUUUUAUUUCAUAAUGCUGUAAAAGGGAGAGACCAUUGUCUUCAUCUGUUGAAAAUGCUGGUUUAACACAUGUGUAUUCCUGUGGUUUAAUAAGGAUUACAGUGAAAACAAUAAAACAAUUAUUGGGAUUUUUAAAUAUUCACCA